UCCCCUGCCUCUUCCGCUCUCCUCCCUCCUCUUCCCUUCCGGGUGCCCCCUUCUCUUCUCGCACCGGAGGCCCCGGACAGGGCUGAGGGCCCCGAGGGCCGGGCAGUGGAGUGACCACAGCCCUCCGGAAGCCGCCUGCCUGGCCUCCCCACGCGGGCCGUGGACCUGGCCCGGCCCCUGGGCACGCCAUGCGCAGCACCACACUCCUGGCUCUGCUGGCGCUGGUCCUGCUCUACCUGGUGUUGGGGGCCCUGGUCUUCCGGGCCCUGGAGCAGCCCCUGGAGCAGCAGGCCCAGAGGGAGCUGGGGGAGGUCCGAGAGAGGUUCCUGCGGACCCACCCAUGUGUGAGCGACGGGGACCUGGGGCUCCUCAUCAAGGAGGUGGCUGAUGCCCUGGGAGGGGGUGCAAACCCUGACAUCAACGCAACCAGUCGCAGCAACUACUCAGCCUGGGACCUGAGCGGCGCCUUCUUUUUCUCAGGCACCAUCAUCACCACCAUCGGCUAUGGCAAUGCAGCCCUGCGCUCGGAUGCCGGUCGCACCUUCUCCAUCAUCUAUGCUCUAGUGGGGAUCCCACUGUUCGGGAUCCUGCUGGCAGGGGUCGGGGACCGGCUGGGCUCUGCCCUGCGCCACGGCAUCGGGCACAUUGAAGCCAUCUUCCUGAAGUGGCACGUGCCCAAGGAGCUGGUGAGAAUCUUAUCGGCGUUGCUCUUCCUGGUGAUCGGCUGCCUGCUCUUUGUCGUCACCCCCAUGUUCGUGUUCUGCUACAUGGAGGGCUGGAGCAAGCUGGAGGCCAUCUACUUCGUGGUGGUGACGCUCACCACGGUGGGGUUCGGGGACUACGUGGCCGGCGCCAACCCCAACCAGACCCACGCAGCCUAUCAGCCGCUGGUGUGGUUCUGGAUCCUGCUCGGCCUAGCCUACUUCGCCUCGGUGCUCACCACCAUCGGGAACUGGCUGCGGGUCGUGUUCCGCCGCACGCGCGCAGAGGUAGGCGCCCCGGGUGGCCGCACCUGCGCCCUGAAGCCCGCCCGUGCUGCACCCGAGCAGUGGUUUGGCACCCCCUGCCUCCCUUCCAGAGUGUGGGCAGGGACUGAGUGUGCCCCCAUAUGCCCCAGCGGGGACAGGGGUGCAGGCGACCACACCUCUGCUCUUGUGGAUAGGGCUGCCAGAUUUACCACAGUACAAUGCGGGCAGCCCAGUUAAAGGUGCAUUCAGAUAAGCAGCAAAUAACAUUUUAGUGUAAGUAUGUCUCACAUAGAGCACGGGACAUGCUUACACUACAAUUUCAUUUAUUGUCUGGAAUUCGGACUUAAUACGACCUGUGUUUUGUCACCCCACUCGUCGAUGCCGGCAGGGGAGCUCGAAGGUCUCUGGGGGCCCAGGAGGGAGAGCUGGGAUAAACCGGGGGGUUUCUAGAAGAACCCCGGAUAAGGGGGCGCUUCGGC